AUGGACAGACUCAUGAAGGCCAAGGCUAGACACACGUCGACGUGUGCCGGCAGCGAAAAACCCAACCAGCGACUGUCGACAUCAACCCACUCAUCUCUCAACUCACAGUUUUCCUAUAACAGCUAUCCCGAGUCCACCUACAGCGCCCAGAGCGGUGGCGUUUCUCCCACCUCCCAAAAACCAAUGGUGGUUCUAGGUGACUCUCUCAUUGUGGAGAAGAAGCUGGACUCCGCCACAGCUACCUCCACAACCACCCCCUCCUCUCACAACACCGACUCGGUCGCAGACAUCUACGACAGCUAUGCGGACAACAAGCGUCUGUCUAUGGGCUCCUUCUCGUCGUCGGGAUCGGACUUGUCGGACCUCAGCAACGACUUCCUGCUGCAGGCCAUCAAGGACUCGACGACCGGCGCCACCGGCGCCAUCAAAAUGGACUUCCACCAGAGCCACCAGGGCCACAGACAGACCGCAGACCAGUCGGAAAAGUUCCAGGGUCUGGGCUACCAGACCGAAAUCGUCUACACACACGUUUCCGAGUCUCAGAUGCACCAGCUGCAACCCACCGUCACACAAGGGUCGACCGGCUCGGAAAAGAUGAAGGCCGACAUCUCCUCGAGACUUCGCACAUUGAAGGGGAGAUUCAUCAAGUAA